GGACCUCAGAUCCAUUCGAACUGAUCAUUCGAUUUGAGCUGGGCUUUGAGGAUAAGUUUUUUGCUCUUUUUUGGUUUGGAGGAAGGCGGGUUUCGAACACCACGUGAUGUUGAGGUGGGUGGGUGAAGUUCGAGGUGUCCUCCGGCAAUUUGAAUUGCUUGGAACAGGUGGCCAGACGGUAAGGCAGGUAGUCACAUUGGGCUCUUUUGGUUUUGUAGGUCAAACGAGAGUCCAUUGAUUCAUCAACAUGGUUGCUCGACAUGGUCCUUCUCCAGGGCUCCAUAGGUACCUACCUGAGUACCUGCCUACCUCACUUUGCUGUAUUGGGCCAGGGGAUACUGCUCUGCACACCAGACGCUAUGCAGAAAAGCACGCCACAGGGAGGAGAGAGCUGUUGACGUCGAUCAUCCAUGGUGUCGUGCACCAUUGCCACACUGACUCGGUCACCAGAAAGUCCCUCCGUCCUCGGGCUGUUGUCGCCGUCACGCCCCCUGGUGGUCGAAUCGCACAUACCGCAAGUUGCAAUGGCUGAUCCCGAGAUCAAUGUUCAUGUCACUGGAUUCAUCUGCCUCAGGGCCGACACAACACACCUUCCUCGGAAGCCGUCAGAUGCAUUGAUCUGACGCACCCACCACAGAGGUCUGAGUGCGCAUGUGCUCAGCUGAUUUCCCACUCGGCCGAGAGUCUCUCUGUGUGCCCAACGGCGUUCGCCGCUGCUGUACGCAAGUGUGUGUGUUUCUGUGGGCAGGGAGGUACCUACCUCGGCCAGAGCUGGCUUGCAUUGACAGCCGCGUUAUGUUGAAGAGCCGGCACACGCUUACCAACUAUACCUUUCUCGUGUCGUCUCAUAUAUCCCACAGCAUGCACCGGCCCAAUGCCGGGAACAUGGGUUACAGUGCUUCAAUCAUGUCAGCCGGAGGGAGCAUUGGGGCGAACCUCGGCAGCCCCAGUCCGUUUCGGCCAUCACAGGUUCAGCACUCAUUCGUUUCAAAGCACAGAUAUCAUGGUAUGGCCCUCGUUCGAAUUUCGAGAGCGAUCAGGAAUCAUGUCAGCUGAGAGGGCGCAUUGGGCUAAACCUCAAGAGUACCAGUCCGUUUCGAUCGCCGUAGGUUCAGCACUCAUUCGUCUUAAUGCACAAAUAUCAUUCUAUGAAACCGGUUGGAAUUUCGAGGGCGACAUAUAAGCUGCGGACAUCUCUGAAUUUCACCGGACUCCCAAUUUUCUUCCUCUUCUCAUCACUGCGCAUUUCCCCACGGCAUGCUCGACAUAUCGCUAGUCCGGGUUUUUGCAUGACCAAUACAAUAAUGC